AUGGCGCUGCCGGGCAAGUCCCCGUACGACAAGACGUACAUCGAGGAGUGCAAGAAGCGCGCCGACGCCUUCUUCAAGGAGAAGGAGGAGCGCAAGAAGAAGGAGGACGAGGAGGCCGCCGCGCGCGCGGCCGAGGCGGCGUCGGCCGCAAAGCCAUGGACCGACACGCCUGAGGCGGAGCGCAACGUCGCCAUCCUCUUCCCGGGCCAGGGCACGCAGAAGGUGGGCAUGGCGGCGAAGCUGCUGGAGAACAAGACCGCGGCCGCCAUGUUCGAGAUGGCCUCAAAGGUUCUCGGCUACGACCUGGUCGGGCUCUGCGCGCAGGGGCCGCAGGAGAAGCUCGACAGCACGCUCUACUCGCAGCCCGCCAUCUUUGUCUGCUCGCUGGCGGCGAUGGAGAAGGCGAAGAAGGAGGCGCCAGAGAUGCUCAAGAAGGUCAAGGUGGCCGCGGGCUUCUCGCUCGGCGAGUACUCCGCCCUCGUCUUCGCCGGCGCGCUCACCUUCGAGCAGGGGCUGAAGCUCGUCAAGGCGCGCGCAGAGGCGAUGGACGCGGCUGCCAACGACCCGAAGAACAAGGGCGCGAUGGCGUCCGUCUCGGGCGCGUCGGACGCGGUGCUGCAGGACGCGCUCGACAAGGCCGCCGCCGCGGUCGGCGGCGGCAAGAAGGCGUACAUUGCCAACUACAUGUUCCCGGAGGGGGGAACCUGUUUUGGGGACCCAAAGGUCCUCGAGAAGCUUUGCGAGAUCGUCGUCCCGAUGGGCGCCAAGAAUGCAAAGAUGCUUGCCGUCUCUGGCGCCUUCCACACGCCCUACAUGCAGCCCGCCGCCGAUGCGCUGGGCAAGGCGCUCGACGAGGCGCCGAUCCAGAUGCCGUCCAUCAAGGUUUACUCCAACGUGACUGGCAAGCCCUACGCCUCGGUCGACGAGAUCCGCGGCCUGCUCAAGCGGCAGCUCUGCGAGCCAGUCAAGUGGGAGCAGGGCACAAAGGACCUCGUCACGCUCGGCUGCACCUCGUACGUUGAGCCGGGCCCGGGCAAGCAGCUCAAGGCCAUGAUGCGCCGCAUCGACAACGACGCCUGGAGCAAGACCACCACGCUCGAGGCGUGA